AUGCGUCGCCGAGUGAUUGUGCUUGCCGGUGCUCCCACGUCGGCGUCACUUGAUUGGGAUGCCUAUCAAUAUACGCCUCACUUUGACGAAUCAUGGGAUUUUGGAGCCUCGUAUGAGGCUUCUUCACUCCCGGCCUGGCGGAUAUUGUCCCUCGCACAUCAGCAUCUCCCGUCCGGUUUGAGUCAGGACGAUCAGCUAUCUGCUACCGCUUAUCAUGUUCCCGGAGCAAAAGACCCAGAUACCACGUCAUUUUUUACCUCAACAGAGCUAUCAUAUUACUCGAGAGCCAGCCAGGAUGUAUCCUUUGAAGGAGAUGAAACUUCCCUCUUAACAGAGGAAGAUAUUUUGUCCCAGUUCUACGAGCAUUCCUUUGCUGUCCAUGAAAGUGCGCUAUCGUCGCAACAGACUACCUCAUUCCACACAAGUAUGACUACUACGACAGAUUCAUCUUUUAUGACAGAGUCUGAGAUUUCUGUUCGUGACCGCCAGCCUGCUACUGUGGCGCCGCUGGCUACUCAUCUCAGCGACUUGGAAGAUAUUCCCAAUGCCAAGUAUCUCGAGUCGAUUGCCCCACAGACCAUGACGGUAAAUUUGAUCGUCGGGGUGCUCUCUAUUGCACCUCCCCGUACCAUCCGAACUCGUCGUGGAGGGCACGAGGUUGAGAUGGUUGAGCUGCUAGUAGGAGACGAGACGAAAACAGGGUUUGGCAUCAAUCUCUGGCUUUCGUCGGUCAAUGCACGGGACAAUCUGCGGGCAUGCCUUCAUGGCAUUCGCGCUCAGGAUAUUAUUCUCUUGCGUAAUGUCGCCUUGGGCACCUUUAUGGGCAAGGUGUACGGGCAGAGCUUGCGCAAAGAUCUCACGAAACUAGACCUUUUGUUUCGCAACGUGGUUGAUCUAGAGGAUGUGGCUGGCCCAUACACACCUAGUGAUCUCGAGGACGAUGUCAAUCAGCAUCCGCAGAUGCUCAAGGUUCGACGUGUGCGAAACUGGAUGAUGCAAUUCGUUGGGCCUACAAUACGACCGAGGGAGAAGAAGGCCAAGCGGCAAAAAUUGCAAGGAAUAUCGCACAUGAUGGAGGAAGAGUUGCCUCCAGAUACGCAGUGA